AUCGAAAUAUAUAAUUUGAAUGAACCCAUAAAGACUAUGGAAGAAUGGAUUAAUUGGAAAAAUGAAAAGUUUAUAGAAGUAAUCGAUGGGUAAUCUAUCAUGACAGAGCCACCAUCCGAGUGCGAUGAAUGAUCUGCUAUGGCUUUCUAUUCGAACUUUUCAAGAGCAUUUCGUUUCAACAAAUUCCUUCAAAAUCUUGGAGAAAAGUGGCAAAGAAAAAAAUAUGUAACCCCGAUACGAUUUCAUCGAUCGAUAGCAAGAAACGUUAGCAAUUUUGAAAGUUCAAAGCGAGUGGUUAAAGCUGUUCUUAUCUUGUCUUACAAGCCUCAGCAUCGAACGCAAAUUUAUGAAAACGAUCUGUUGGCAAAGAACACGGAAUACGAAAGUUUCUUUGAUAUAAUCUUAAUCGUGGCAAGAAUUCUUGUGAUAGGUUCUAUUCUUACUGGAUUGACUGUCGUAUAUUUGAUCACACGUUUUACACAUGGACACGUGUUUCCGAUAAUCCUUCGGAAAGGUAUCGAAUUUCUCGGGCCAAUUUUUAUAAAAUUCGGUCAAUGGGCGUCGACAAGAAAAGAUUUGUUUCCUGAAGAUGUUUGUCGUACGCUGUCAUUAUUGCAACAUAACGCUUCCGCACAUUCUUGGAUUUAUACAAAGCAAUUGCUUAAAGCCAUAUACGGCUCGAAUUGGAGGAAUAUAUUCGUAAAAUUCGAACACGAGAUGCCUAUCGGAUCAGGGUGUUGUGCUCAGGUGUACAAGGCAUGGGUAGAUCUGAAUGCUCGAGUGGAUGUAACGCGAAAACCUGAAAUACCUGCAUUUAUUCAAAUUAUCGAAUAUUUAAAAUUUGGCUCGUUAAUCAGUUUCAUUGAGAAAACGUUGAAUAUUGACGAAACAGAUGAGAACGUUAAUGCAUAUGUAAGUCGGAAGCUACAACCGGUAGCGGUUAAGAUUUUACAUCCUGGAAUUAAAGGACAACUAAGAAGAGAUCUUUGCAUAAUGAGAGGGAUUUGCAAAUGCGCGACAUAUAUCGUGCCUCAAUUGCAAUGGCUCAGUCUUAACGAUUGCAUCGAUGAAUUUUCACAAAUAAUGGAAAAUCAAGUUGACAUGAAUUUGGAAGCACAGAAUUUGAUUCAGUUUUCGAAAAAUUUUUCGAGGAAAAAGGAUGUCAUAUUCCCCCGGCCCUACACAGAUUUUACACAGCGCGAAGUUCUCGUGGAAAGUUUUCACGAAGGUUUUCCAAUUUCCGAGUAUCUCGAAGAUCACGAUACAACAUUGCAAGGAAAGCUGGCUAAGAUAGGGAUUAAAACGAUUUUAAAAAUGGUAUAGCGCGGUCUGUCAACAUGAUUGGUAUCGCGUCGAGUAAUUCUCAUAGACUUCUUGAUUAAUUACAACAAGUUAUCGGGAAAAUGACAGGUGUUUAAAGACAACUUCAUUCACUGUGACUUGCAUCCUGGUAAUAUCUUGGUACAGACAAAUCGCGAACCUAUUGGAAAAAUUAGCGCCUGGUUUUGGAAAUUUAUCGAUCGGAAGUACUUACCGACUUAUCCACGCUUGGUCAUACUCGAUUGUGGUUUGGUAGUGUCUCUGAACGAUCGCUGUCGACAAAAUCUUAAGAACGUCUUCCGAUCGGUGCUCAUGGGAAACGGUGAAUUGGCAGCGGAAUACAUUCUGGAACAUAGUUCGCGCGUAUCCCCCGACCCAGACGGUUUUAAGAAUACAAUGAAAGAUAUCGUAAACUCGCAUCUUCGAAGUAGAAUCAAUGUAGACGUGAGUACCGUUGUGACUGAAUUGUUUUCCGCGAUGGUUCGGCAUCGUGUGAAGCAAGACGGAACCUUCAGCAGCGUGAUUCUCAGUAUGGUAGUGAUCGAAGGCCUCGGUCGCAGUCUGGAUCCAAAUAUCGAUAUCUUCACAGAGGUUGUGCCGUUCAUUUUUACAAGUACAGCGUCGUACGACGAUUAAAUUGUGAAAUAUCGUUUCAAGUACUAAAACACGUCGGGAAAUUUAGGAAACGAAAGAAACGUUUCAUCUGUUGUCAAGACGAUCAAACGAGGCUCUGGAAUCCUAAUGCCGAAAGAACUUGUUACUUUGCAAUUGUAAAACGCGUUCGUGCGUUCGCAUUGUUCGGUUUUUGAAAAAUUAUAUAACAUAAAGGAGAGGAUUGUACGUUAUACGCAUAUAACACGAAGGAUUGGAAGAGUAAAGCUACCAAGGAAGAAUUUGGAAGGAAUUUGCUUUAUCGAAUACACGCGCGACGAUCUUCGUCACUGAAUAAAGUCCCGCACGAGAAAAUUCCCGUUUUAAUAACAUGUCAUUAUACGAAUCCCAAGAGGAAUUCCAAUUUUAAAGCAGACUACACAGAAAUUGCGUGUAAUCGCAACGGACAGAAUUCCGGCGAGUGACCAGUUGCUCGUGAUCACUUCCUGGUUGGUCGACUACCUUUCGUACAACGAUAUACCACCCGUAUGUGUGUACACGCGUACGUACACGCAUAUAUAUAUGGGUAAGUGUUCCGUACAUGUUCCUCUCUUCGGAUUGCUUUUUUUAUACCUUUCGUACGUAUCUCGUAUUUGCGAAAAAAUUCGACUUUUGUCUGAUCAUUGGAAAUCUUUGCAACAACAUCGAUUGUAAAUAUCGUAAAUCGCUUGUCUAAUUGUAUCUCUGUUUGUAUAAAAACCUGUAAACUAUAAAAUUUUUGUUACACGUC